AUGCCCGCACUGUUGGAUUUGAUCACAGACAAGGCGGGAAACGCAAACGCUACGGCGACUGUCAUUGCCGGCCUGGUGGCCGUCUAUCUUUUACUGUACCGGUGGCAGUCUGUCAAGGCGCAUCCAAAUGAACCACCCAUCAUAGCAUCCGCCGUCCCCUUCCUGGGACACCUCCUGGGCAUGGCGCUGCAGGGUGGAAGAUACGUGAAAAACCUAGGCCUGCGCAACCCGGACAAGCCCAUCUUCACCCUGCCCGUUCCGCGCUCCCGCAUCUAUGUCGUCACGGACCCGCCCCUGGCUGCCGCCGUGCAGCGUGCGUCCAAGACGCUGUCUUUUACUCCCCUGGUGCCAGACAUCACGCGCCGCGUGCUCGGACUGGACGAUGACACGGUCGCCAUCGUUCGCCAGCACAUCGAUCCUGACCCGGGGGAGCCGAAAGGGUUCCUCGCAGACAUCCACGACCUGGUGUACUCGUAUUUCGGUCCCGGGGAGGCGCUCAACGAGCUGAGUUUCGACGCGGCGAGCGAACUGGCCAAGCAGGUGAACAGUUAUGCGCGGACGCUGCAGGGCUCCAGGGACGGCGAGGACACGGUCAACCUCCUGACAUGGGUCCGCCAUUUCGUCGCCAUCGCCACGGCCCAAUUCCUCUACGGCGACGAGAACCCGCUUGCGCUGCACCCGGAGCUCGAGGCCGCCUUCUGGGACUUUGACCACGGCUUAGGAGGGCUGCUGAUGGGCAUCCUCCCGUCCAUCACAGCCCGCAAGGCCUACCGCGGCCGCGAAGCGCUCGCGCGAGCCUUUGAAGAGUAUCUCACCCAAAACAGGCACCUGCCCGGACCAGACGGCCGGAGGGGCGCCUCUCCCAUCAUCCUCAAGCGCGUGUCCAUUGCCCUGCAGCACGGCUGGACCCUCCGCGCGGCUGCCCGCUCCGAGGUGUCGUUCCUCUUCGCCGGCAUCGUCAACACGGCAACGAUAACCUUCUGGCUGGUCCUGCACCUAUUCGCCUCGGCAGACUUGCUGGCCACCGUCCGCGCGGACCUCGCCGCCUGCCUCACCCUCGACGAAAGCGAAAGCGAAGGCGGAACCAAGUCGCUCACCGUCGACCUGACCGCGCUCAAGACCUGCUCGCCAACCCUCGCCUCCCUGCUGCGGGAAUCCCUCCGCUACACGUCCGACAACUACUCGACCCGCCUGGUCAAGAGCCCAACCACGCUGCCGGGGGGCUACCACCUAGUGGCGAACGCCGUGGUGCAGAUCGCCGGCGGCACCAUGCACGCCGACACGCGCAUCUGGGGCCCUGACGCCGCCGUCUUCAACCCGCUCCGCUUCUUCUCAACACCGUCAACAUCUUCCAGCAAAUCCAGCAGCACCACCACCGUUGAUAAAGUAGUAAUUGAUGAUGCUGAGGGGGCCAAUCAAUCAGCGACCCCAUCAACAACGGCAACGGCAGAAGGAAGAGGAACACAAGCAGCAGCAGCAUCAAUCCAUCCGGCCGCGUUCCGCGCUUUUGGCGGCGGCAAAACGCUCUGUCCCGGCCGGCACUUUGCCACGACCGAGAUCACGGCGCUCGUGGCCAUGCUGGUGGCACGCUUCGACAUUUCUGCCGCUGCUACGCCUUCUCCCGCCGCCGCUGCUGCUGUCGAUGAUGAGGAUGAUGACAAUGAUAAUAAUAAUAUCGACAAAACUAAGAGUGCAGCCACGGCCGCAAGGAAGAGGAUCGAAAUACCGGGCAAAGAGGACGGUGUCAUGCCCGUGCACGUGCUUGAGCCCAAAAAGGACGUCAUGGUCAAGGUCAGGGUGAGGGAGGGAAUGGAAGGGGUUGUUGACAUGGGCGUGAGGUGGUGA